AUGCAAAGGCUGCGACAAGAGUCGCGGGCGAAUCACGGGGCAGAAUCGGCUCACAGAGAGCAGCGCGGAAAUAGGCCAAUAGUCGAGAGAUUGGGGGCAAGGAACCAGGCCGAUAUGGAUACCAAAUCGCCUGAUAGGCGAAAUGCCAAGGUAAGGAAGGUAUGGAUGCCAAAAGGCGAAAAACAAGUGACCGAUGUGGCCGUCACGGCAGUAGUUCACGAGGAGGACGAAGAUUCCAGCGGCCGAUCGUCCUAUAAGGACAUACUCGUAUCGCAUCAGGGUGGCCAGCUUAAAGCAAGAUUGCCCAAAGACCGCGAGGUCGUCGUCUCGCACAAGAAGGGAGUGUUGAAAGCUUGGGUCCCGGUGGUGAGGGACGAAUACGGAGUAAAGGUGGUCACGCUCCCUGACUCAUACAGAAGUAAGCCCGGGCAGAAAGCAACGUUGGAAGGCGAUGUGAUCGUCCCGGAAGGAGACAGCGCCGACAGUACGGCGGUAGUAUCUCUUAGCAAACCUCCAACGAGGAUGACAAGGCACAUUCAGCCACUGUACAUCAAGGCCGAUUUGAAUGGGGUUUCAAUCAACAGGGUCCUUAUCGAUAACGGGGCUGGCGUUAAUAUACUACCGGCAAAAAUGCUCAAAAAACUGGGCAUAACGCGGGAUCAGCUUGACCCAACCGAUGUUUAUAUGACCGAUUUCGCAGGAGGCGAAACGCCGGCCGAAGGGUACAUCACCCUCCGAAUAAAAGUAGGGCGAGUGGAGACCGAAGAGGGGUUUUUCGUGGUCAAUGCCCGGAGCAACUACAACAUCCUACUCGGCCGAGAUUGGAUACACUCCAAUAUGUGUAUACCAUCAACCAUGCAUCAAAUGCUUUUCAUAUGGCGAAAUGACGGCGAGGCCGAGGUUGUGCAGGGCGACCCCAAUCCCUUCGGCGAAGACCAUAAUGUGCUUGAAGCACGUUUAUAUGAUGAGGAAGUGCGCAACAUACAAUCACUCAGUUCAAAAGGAGAAACGAGCGUUCCUCGCCUGCUGUUAACCUCGUUGUAUGAUAUUACAUCGGCCGAAUGCAUCUACGAGGACCAAGAUCAAGACCCAACAGGAUCGUUGCGGAUUGGGGACAUACGAUUGGCAACCGGGAAGUUAGAAGAUGAUCCCGCCCAAGUACUGGACGACCUCCUCAAAAUCAAUCUGGGGACAGAUGAAUCGCAUAAACCUAUAUAUAUCAACGCAGGACUGAACGAGGGAUUCAGAGAGCAACUGGUCGCUCUACUCAUUGAGUUCCGCGACUGUUUUGCCUGGUCGUAUGAUGAAAUGCCGGGCCUUGAUCCUAAUAUCGCCGAGCAUAAGCUUCCAUUGAAAAGUGGGUUUCGGCCAUUUCGGCAACCUCCCCGGCGAAUGUCCAGGGAAGUGGAUACUCUCAUCCAGGAUGAGAUUAAGCGGCUGGAAGAUGCCAAGUUUAUUCGGGAAGCCCAGUACACCGAAUGGCUCUCUAACAUCGUACCAGUGAUGAAGAAAAACGGGAAGCUACGAGUAUGCGUAGAUUUUCGAAACCUCAACCUGGCCACACCCAAGGACGAAUACCCGAUGCCUGUGGCCGAUAUGCUGAUCGAAAGGGCAGCUGGACACACGAUACUCAGUUUCCUCGAUGCGCACUCUGGAUACAACCAAAGGGCGAUGAACAAAAUGUUCAGAGGCCUUGACUGCCUUGAGGUCUACAUCGACGAUGUCGUAAUCAAAUCAAAUACCGGCGAAAUCCAUCUGGCCGACCUCCGGAAAGGUUUCGAGCGUAUACGACGCAAUGGGUUAAAGAUGAAUCCUCUGAAAUGCGCAUUCGGCGUUUCAGCUCGAAACUUCUUGGCGGGCCGGCUUCGCAGCUGGAGUGUUUUGCUGAGAGGAAAAGAGACCGAUGAGUGGAUAUGGACGGACGAGCAACAGAGGGUGUUCGACGAUUUGAAAGGUUACUUGGCAAAACCUCCGGUUAUGACCCCUCCAAAGCCGAAUAAGCCGUUGUUACUAUACCUAUCGGCUGCGCACGAAUCCCUAGGAUGUAUGCUCGCCCAAGAGGACGAUGGGGUCGAGAGAGCAGUCUACUAUUUGAGCCGAGGACUGACGGACACAGAGAUUCGCUAUACCGACAUAGAAAAAAUGUGUCUAUGCCUGUACUUCACAUGCUGCAAGCUGCGAUACUAUAUGUUGCCGGUCGUAGUGUACGUAUUGUCCCAGACCGAUAUCAUUAAGUAUAUCUUAUCGAAGCCAUACCUGAGGAAUCGGAUUGGAAAAUGGGCGAUUGCUAUGUCCGAAUUUACAUUGGUGUAUGUUCCCCAAAGAGCAGUAAAAGGACAAGUGUUGGCAGAUUUCUUGGCCGAUCACCCUGGUAUUACCCUCAAGGAAGAAUCAGUCACGUUAUGCGACGUCGCCACAUGGGAGAUGUGGUUCUAUGGGUCCAGAACAAGCCAGGGGGCAGGCGCAGGAGUACACAUCGUCACACCCUUGGGGGCAUCCUACCAGUUGUCAUUCGGACUCCAGUUCGAAUGUACCAACAAUCAGGCAGAAUACGAAGCCCUAAUUUUCGGCCUUGAAAUCCUUGCCGAACUGGGGGCAAAAACAAUCAACGUCAAAGGCGAUUCGUUGUUAGUCAUUAAACAAGUAACUGGGGAGUUCAAAUGCGAAUCCGAACUGCUGGUGAGGUAUUGCAAUAAGGCAAAGCAUCUCAUCGAAGGCUUUCAGGACACAAGGAUGGAAUACACAGAGAGAGCCGAUAAUGUUGUCGCGAAUGAUUUAGCCCAGCACAGUAGUGGGUACAAGACGAAUCUCUGCUUGGACACAAUAGAAAGAGACAUGCCAAAUCUACAUACUGGGGGCAUCACCAUCGACGAAAGAAUAUUUUCGGCCUACCAACUUGAUGUUAACCAAGAUUGGAGAAUUGAAGUCCUGAAUUGGUUCGAGAAGCCAGACCAUACGAAUAGAAGGUUGAGAACCUUGGCACUAAACUAUGUAGUUCUAGCGGGCGAACUAUAUAAAAAGGGCUUUGAAGGGCUACUCUUCAGAUGUAUCGGUCCUAAAGAAGCAAUGCUAGCAAUGGCCGAAGUUCACGAAGGAAUAGCCGCUUGUCAGAAAGCUGGCCCUAUACAACAUGUCCCGACCGAGGAACUACACUCCAUCAUCAAGCCAUGGCCGUUUAGAGGAUGGGCGGUCGACCUCAUAGGGAAAAUAUAUCCUGGCUCAUCUGACGGCCACACUUUCGUUAUCAUCGCCACUUGCUAUUUCACUAAGUGGGUCGAGGCCAAACCCUUGAAGUCACCAACACAAGAAGCUGUGAUCAAAUUCUUCAAAGAAUAUAUCGUCCACAGACAUGGAUUACCCGAAUCAAUAACCACUGACCAGGGGACGAUGUUCACAGGAGGCGAUAUAGUUUGGUGGGCUUCUCAGAUGAAGGUUAAAAUGUUACAUUCAACACCAUACUACGCCCAAGCCAACGGACAGGCCGAAGCCACGAACAAAGCGAUCAAGCUUAUAGUUCAGAAAAUGAUUGAAGAAAACCCUAGACAAUGGCAUGUGCUUUUGUCAGAGGCAGUUUGGGCGAACAGGAUCAGCCAGAAGUCAGCCACCGGGACUUCGCCCUUCAGAUUGGUGUAUGGUUAUGAUGCAAUGUUGCCAAUGGAGCUGACAGUCACGUCUACUCGCCGCAGAUACUAG